GUACUUGUUUUUAUGUGAUUUUGUUUAUUAUCAGACAAAUCCUGCUUAGGAAAGCUGGACUUUGUUCAUUGUAUUUUUACAGCUAUAGCCGUCUACAAGAGCAGUAACAGAACAUCUCAUAGCUAAUGAUAGCCAACUGGAGAUAUGGCGAGGCGGAGGAUCACACAGGAAACCUUUGAUGCUGCUGUCAGGGAAAACAUGGAGGAGUUUGAGAUGGAUCCUGAGGAGGCUCUGAGGGAGGCUGUGGAGCAGUUUGAGUCUCAAGGUGUGGACCUCAGUUGUAUAGUAAAAGCUGUUCCAGCUGUAUCGUCCGAGGACAAACAAGAGGAGAUAACACAUGAAGUCUUACAGACUUUAGAUUCCCUCCGUAUUGGUGAAGACACUGCAAGCGUUACAGCAGACCUAAAAUGCUUCACUGAGCAUUGCUCUCUUGGAUUUGCUCAGCGGUAUCUAGCUGCCCAAAAAGACGCCUACCCUGUCAUCCUUUCUCACUGCAUGAAGAGUGUGGAGGAGCGUGAUGCUGUUUUGACCGCCCUGUCCGCUCUGGCUGCUCUGACAGAUGGACAGCCUGACCUGCUGGAUGCAGAGGGUCGACAGUUUCUUUUGGAUGUCCUUAAAAAGUACCAGACAGACGCCUCUGUGUUGUGUGUAGCCAUUUGCGUUGUUCGUCACUGCUGUUUGAAACAUGAACAGAACAGGCAGGAUUUGGUGAAAGAUGGAAUACUUCCUCUGCUGACCAGAGCAACUACACAACACAGUGGGCAUAAUGAGCUGAUUAAAGAGGCCUCUGCAGCUCUCAGGGUCAUGACCUUUGAUGAUGAUGUGCGAGUUACCUUUGGGCAUGCUCAUGAGCAUGCCAAGAUGAUUGUUCUGGAGCAUAAUGGACUAAAGGUUUUGAUUGAGGCUGCAAAAGCUCACCUCAAUGAUACUUCUGUCCUGAGUGAGCUGUGUUCCACUUUAUCCCGCCUGGCUGUAAGGAAUGAGUUCUGUCAAGACAUCUGUGAUCUGGGAGGGCUGAAACUCAUGAUGACACUGCUUGCAGACAGCUACGAGUCACCGGAGUUGGUUCGGCAGGUCCUGAGUGCAAUACGAGCUGUAGCAGGAAAUGAUGAUGUGAAAGAUGCUGUUGUUAAUGCUGGUGGAGUCCAGCUCAUUGUUAUUGCUAUGAACAGACACAUGAACAACGCAGCUGUGUGUGAGCAGGGCUGUGCAUGUCUCUCUGUCCUUGCUUUGCGCAAACCAAAUAACUGCAAAGUCAUCAUGGAGAAUGGAGGCGCCCUGGCAGCCGUGCAGGCUAUGAAAACACAUACUGAUGCGGUCAAUGUGCAGAAACAAGCGUGUAUGCUGAUGAGGAACCUGGUUUCACGGAUGCGAAACUACAGUCAGCCAAUCCUGGAGAUGGGAGCAGAGGCCCUAAUAGCUCAAGCGCUGCAGACCCAUCAUGACUGUGGCGAUGUUGGUAAAGCAGCUCUGAGAGAUCUGGGAUGCCAGGUGGAGCUCAGAGAAUUGUGGACCGGCAAACAUGGCAGCCUCACACACUGAGAGUGGAGAACAUCGCUGAAAAAAUAUACACUUACAUACCAUGAGUGUGCCUGAAAUAAAAAAGAUGGGCAGAAAAAGUGUUGUGAUGACCAAGAGUGCUAGUACAUGCAACUUCCUAGCUGGAGAUAUUUGUAAAAAUGUAGCUGUUACUGAAAAGGCUGAGGAGAAAGCUGUCAGUCCCACUUAAGACCUUUUAAGAGGUUGAAUAAACUCCAGACUUUUUUAAUCAACACAAAAAGUCAUGCUUGUUUUGCUAGCUGUUAUUUCUAAUACUUGUUUUCUGUGUGUGUCUUUUGGUUGUGUGCCAUGGAUGAAUAUAAAUAUAUUUGCUGCUAUGCAAGUACUUCAACUGUACCAUUUUGUGCAGAUUGCUUUCCCCUAUUCAGUCAUACAGUUAGCUAAAAUUGAACAUGCAGUUAAUGCCUUACUCAGUAUCUAUUUAAAUUUAAGCCAUUUUCUUUCUAUUUUUAUAUGCUUUAUUACUGUGUACAGCUGGAUUAAGUAAUGGAUGGCAUACCAGUUAAAACCUUGACUUGUGUUUUCUGCAUGGCUAUGAUAAAACUCUCCUUGCUUCACUGUUA